ACGCCAUAUGCCUCCGCCCACUGUCGUUCUCCAGCAGCCGAGUCGACCUACCGUACUGUCUACCAAAGGGGUCAGGACUGUCCCACUUCACUCCGAUCACUAGAGGUGGGGGUCGAUGAAGCCCACCCUGUUAGCUGUUAAAGGUUAAAUGAGAUGGCGAGGUUCAUUUGUGAGCUGAAAGGCCACUCAGACGACGUAAACAGCUGCAGUUUCUCUGAUUCCUACGUGGCCUCAUGCUCUUUGGAUAAGACUCUCCGGGUUUAUUCCCUAAAGGACUUUAAAGAGCUGCCCUUUUCCCCACUGAAAGGACACACCUAUGGUGUUCACUGGUGCUGCUUUGCUCCCGAUAAACCCAUUUUAGCAUCUUGUUCAACCGAUGGCAAGACCAUCCUGUGGAAUAUGCACAAUGGGCAGAUGCUGGCAGUGCUGGAGCAACCCAGUGGCAGCCCCGUCAGAGUUUGCAGAUACUCAUCCAAUUCCAACUAUUUGGCAACUGGGGGUGCAGAUGGCUCAAUAGUUUUAUGGAACGUUCAGCAAAUGAAAUUCCACAGGUCGGCCACAGUAAAGGACGGCUCAAUAGUGGCCUGCGCUUUCUCUCCCCAUGGAAAUCUACUCAUUACUGGCUCAUCAUGCGGGGACCUAACAGCCUGGGAUGAGAACCUGAAAUGUUUAUACAAUGACAAGGGACACGACUUGGGGGUAACCUGCUGUGACUUCUCUUCACAAACUGUAUAUGAACGUGGCAUUGAGUACUACCAAAUGGCAUCGUGUGGGCAAGACAAUGAAAUCAGAGUGUGGCUGAUCUCAUUCAGUGAUGCACGAGGCUUUGGAAUGAGAUGCAAGCUGACUCUAGGAGGGCACUCUGCCCCUGUUCUCUCUUGCGCAUUCUCCAGCGAUGGUCAGAUAUUGGUGUCCGGGUCUGUGGAUAAGUCUGUCAUAAUUUACACAGUUAAAACUGGGUGCAUUCUGACUAUUCUCACUCAUCACACAAGAUACGUCACUGCAUGUGCCUUAGCACCCAAGCACCCACUCCUCGCAACAGGAUCAAUGGACAAGACUGUGACUAUCUGGAAAUUAGGGCACUCGGAUGAACUACCAGAUUUCCCAUUGGAGGGCAGAGCGCAGAUGAAUGUGGAGGCCUGGUCGGAGGAAGAGGUUGCCACUUGGCUCUCCCAGGAAGGCUUGAAUGAGGUGGAGCAUAUAUUUAAAGCUAAUAAUAUUGAUGGCAAAGAAUUACUGCAUCUCACCAAGGACAGUCUGCUUAAUGAUCUCAAAAUUGAGUCCCUAGGCCUGCGCAACAAAUUAGUGCGGAGAAUUGAGGAUCUGAAAAGCAGCACCAAAGCAGAGUUGCCCAAUAUCCCCAAUGAGUUUCUGUGCCCCAUAACGUGGGAACUAAUGAUGGAUCCAGUCAUUGCAUCAGACGGUUACUCCUAUGAAAGGAAAGCAAUCGAAGACUGGAUCAGUAGGAAGAAGAGGACAAGCCCCAUGACAAACCUCACACUUGAGAACCUUCUACUAACGCCCAACAGAACUUUAAAAAUGGCGCUGAACCACUGGCUGGAAAGACAAAAACACAGCAGCCAAUCAAACCAGACAGCCCCACAUAGGUAACCCUGGCGGGCUCAUCACUCUGGGUACAAGGGACAUGUCUGUAGCAACCCAAGAGAGUAAAACAUAAACACAGACUUAGAGUCUUGAUUCACUCUACCUCCAAUCAAAUGCCCACAGUCUCCUCAUUGGAAGAAGCUGCAGAGCACAUUUGAUUGGACCCAAUAUGAAAGGAGCACGUGCAAUAUGGAGAAAUCUAUUUCACUAUGUGGCCCCAGAAUCCUCUGAGAACAGAAAUAGAUGCCUGAACCUAUCUGGGAAUCUCAUUUAUUAUAAGUACCAAAUGAAUGUUCUACUGAAGUGCUUCUUUAGGCUUCAACUCCCAUCAUCUUGUUCUUGGAGAAUGAUCGGGUGCGACAGAGAAGGCAUUUAGCUGAAUGCACUGGAUGUAUUGGUGCCUUGCUGUAUUUUGCUACUGAUGGAUCUUGCUAAUGUGCACAAUCUUAUUACUUGCCCUUUAUUUGAUUCUUCCCACUGUAAGUGAGCAGCUGCAUGGCUAAAACUGCAAACCAAUAGAGGGCAGUCAGCAAGAGAGCCCCCCAUACUGGUGCCUUUAUACCAACAGAAUGCCAUUGCUAGGAGGCAUAGUUACUAGGGUGCAGUGUCCCCCAUAGUAGUUUUAGCUCCCCUCUUUCUGUUUAUUGAUUAGACACAAAGCCCCAGAACAGUUUAAGCCCAAUUCUUGUACCCACCAGUUCAAAUCAUGCUCCUGUGCCAUUUUGCCACCCAGCUUAUAUUUUGGGUUUGGACCAAUGGGUAAAGAACUCUGGCUGGGGAUGGGGCUGGCUGCUGGUGUAGAAAGGGGUCUAAUUUAAUCAGCACAGAGCUUGGGCUGCUGUAUAUGGGGAUCAGUACAGAAGCCCCACACACAAAGCUAAACUAAAUGCACAUGGGGUUGUAGUUUUCCUUUAAUAAACAUCAGCUAUUUUUGCUAUUCAACCCUAUUGUGUGUAAUAAACCCCCCCCCCCCAUACUUACCAUCCCAUUACCUGUAUGAAACCGCCAGAUUUACAUUUCACCUCCAUGGGAUAUAGGGAGUCUGCCCUUCCAGCACUAUGGUGUAAGCUCCGAUGCUAAGGAUUUCCCAGGUGGCACAGAGGCACGCCAUUGUUAUUAUGUUUUGUCCAAUUCAUUACCAAUCCCUAGGAAAGCACAGAGUACAGCUGUGACCGCUUCUUCCUACUGCAGAACCAUUUGCUGCCGGAACAUACGGGUUACAAUUGGGAGAUGAAUGAGUAUCACCAUAAUAACAUUAGUGUGUUGUUUAUACCCAGAAACAAUGUGUAAUGUUCAAUAAGGUAGAAAAUUGUUGCAAAGAAGUGAUUUAAUAAAUAAUAAAUGUGACGCAGUUGUGCUUGAACGGAGCCUUCCCUGUUACACAUA